AGUUUCUAGGGCUGGAACGGGGGAAGUGGAGGUGCAGCAUAAGGCAUGAUAAGAAUAGAGUUGUGAGGACCGAAGAAGAGAGGGAAAAGCAGUUGAUAGAAGGAAAUGGAAGACAUUGAAGAUUUGCUCAUUGGAACCGCAACCGGAACUCCACCGGGAUUCCGGUUGCCGCUGGCUGCUUCUGUUGCAACAAAGACCAACUCCAAUAGAAGGAAUCCGAAUCAGAAGCAAAGGACGCAACUCGCUACUGCAACUCCGUCUCCAAUCCCUGGCACUCAGACUAUCUACAUCAAGACCUUCGGAUGCUCCCACAACCAGAGCGACAGUGAAUACAUGGCUGGUCAGCUAUCUGCUUUUGGCUAUUCCUUCUCUGAUAAUCCCGAUCAAGCAGAUCUCUGGCUCAUCAACACUUGUACGGUAAAGUCUCCAAGCCAAUCUGCUAUGGAUACCAUUAUAGCCAAAGGAAAAUCUUCAAACAAGCCGCUUGUUGUUGCGGGAUGUGUCCCUCAGGGAAGUCGAGGCUUGAAAGAGCUUGAGGGGAUCAGCAUUGUCGGGGUCCAGCAAAUUGAUCGCGUCGUUGAAGUUGUGGAGGAGACCUUAAAAGGUCAUGAAGUCAGGCUCUUGACCCGCAAGACUUUGCCCGCACUUGACCUCCCUAAGGUUAGAAAGAACAAGUUUGUUGAGAUUCUUCCUAUUAAUGUUGGUUGUUUAGGUGCUUGCACGUAUUGCAAGACAAAGCAUGCUCGGGGUCACCUAGGUAGUUACACUAUAGACAGCCUUGUAGGGCGUGUAAAAUCCGUCAUAGCUGAUGGAGUUAGGGAGAUCUGGCUGAGCAGUGAAGACACUGGGGCAUAUGGUCGUGACAUCGGUGUCAAUCUUCCAACUUUAUUGAAUGCUUUAGUAGCAGAACUCCCACCUGACGCAAGCACAAUGUUACGUAUUGGAAUGACCAAUCCACCCUUUAUCCUUGAGCACUUGAAAGAGAUAGCAGAAACUUUGCGGCAUCCAUGUGUGUACUCAUUUUUGCAUGUACCAGUUCAGUCUGGAAGUGAUGCUGUUCUGACGGCAAUGAAUCGAGAAUAUACUGUGGGUGAGUUCAGGACUGUUGUAGAUACCUUAAUGGAGUUGGUGCCAGGGAUGCAGAUUGCCACUGACAUAAUAUGUGGAUUUCCUGGUGAAACUGAUGAAGAUUUUGAACAAACUGUUAACCUUGUUAAAGAGUACAAAUUCUCUCAAGUUCAUAUUUCACAAUUUUAUCCUCGACCAGGGACCCCGGCUGCAAGGAUGAAAAAGGUUCCAAGUAAUGUGGUGAAGAGUAGAAGCCGUGAACUUACAAAUGUCUUUGAAGCCUUCACACCAUAUACCGGGAUGGAAGGCAAAGUGGAGAGAAUUUGGAUUUCUGACAUUGCAUCAGAUGGAGUUCACUUGGUUGGUCAUACGAAGGGAUAUAUACAAGUUCUUGUAAUUGCUCCAGACCAUAUGCUAGGUACUUCAGCUAUUGUUAAGAUAACAUCCUGUGGAAGGUGGUCAGUUUUUGGGGAAGUAAUCGACACGCUCAACCUCAACCAAGUGAGGACUAAUAAAGCUUCAAGCAAGGAGACUCCUAAUCAAGAUGCGCCUUCUCUAUGCUGUAGGCCAGCCAGUGUUGGAUCCUCCUUGCAAGAACCAGAAUCUUGUGCUUGUGGAAACGAUAGCUGCUGUGCUAAGAGUACUCACGCGAAUAGUGAUAACACGAGUAGCGAUGUAGUGCCACAAAAUCAGAACGGUAGAAAUUUCAUUGGGUGGGUACUGAGGAAGCGGAAGCAUUUGCUCCACAAAAAGUUUGACAGCAGUGAGUUAGGUUCUGUUAAAAAGGAACAUGGAAGCUCGAGGAAGUGGGACUUUAUUGAUAAGGCUCUUUUGGGUGGAAUAUCGUUUAGCAUCUUCAUUAUUGCUGUAGUAGUAGUUGCCCUUAGUUUUAGGAUAUGGUCCCAAUAAAAUUAGUGUUAAUUCCCCCUUAAUUGAAUGUUAUUCCAAAAUUUUGACUUAAAUUGGUCAUAGCCUUUUGUAUCUGCGGUUCUGCACAUGUAUGAUGUAUUCUUCUUUCUUUCAAUUUUGCUGCAGUUUUAUGA